AGCUUCAGCUGCAGCACCGGAACCGGAGAGCAGAGAGAAGCAGAGAGAGAGAGAGAGAGAGGGAGAGAGAGGAGGGAGAGUGAGAGAGCCUGGGCAGCACAGAAGCAGCUGCAGCAGCAGCAGCAGCCUGGCAGGAAGCGUACGGAAAGAGGAGGAGGAGAAGAAGAGGAGGAGGACGAGGAGGAGGAGAAGAGAAGACAGGAUUUGCGUUUGUGGUUUCUGCUUUUCUUCCUCGGCGUUCGGGAAGAGAGAGAGGGAAGAGUGAAGCCGUGGACUCCUUCUUUCUCCUCUCUCUGGUCUGUGCCUCCUCCUCUCCUCUCUUUUUGUCUCUCUAUCCCUCUAUAUUCAUCGUCUGUGGCUGUGCCUGUGCCGCUGGCUGAGGCGUCUCUUCAUGCCCCCCGUGCAGGAGGGAUGUUUGGGGGUAGCGUGAAAGGACGAGAGCCUGGCCUGAAGACCGAGCAGAAAGCCGAGGGCACUAGGACCUACGCCGCGCCGGCCGAGGGCAAGGGCUCCGCUGGCACAGCCAGCGACAUGGCCGCCGCCAAGCGGGGCAAGUCGGGGGUGCCCACCAGUGGGGUGCCCCGCAGCGAGCUGAAGGUGUACCGGGCGGGCAGCACUGACGGGCGCCUUCCUGUGUCCACCAACCUGCGCAAGCAGCGCUCGCUGACCAACCUGGCGGUGCUGACGGACGCCGAGAAGAAGAUGCAGCUGUACGAGCCCAAGUGGUGCGACGAUAUGGGCAAGCCGGGCGCCGGCGGGGGGCACCUGCGGGCGGGCAAGCCCAAAGCAGGGGGCACUGGAGGGGUAGGAGGAGGAGGAGGGGCGGGCAGCGGGCAGCUCUCGCGGAACCUUUCAAAGUCGGAGCACUCGCUCUUCCAGGGCAAGCCCAAGCCCUUCAGCGCACUGGCAGCGCCGACCGCGCCAGGCAAGGGCCAGAGUCGCAUCCCACGCGGGCCCUACGAGGUCAAGCCCCUCAGCAAGGCCACCGACGAGUCGGGCAAGUCCGACGACGACAUCCUCUCCGCCAAGGCCAAGGCCGCAGCUGCAGCGGGCGCCAAGAAAGGUGCCGCCGUUGCCCCCGGUGACGUAGAGGGCAAAGGUCAAGCGGAGGAAGGUGGCGAUAAGCCCUUCCUGAAGGUGGACCCGGAGCUGGUGGUCACCGUAUUGGGGGAUUUGGAGCAGCUGCUCUUCAGCCAGAUGCUGGACCCAGAGUCCCAGAGGAAGCGGACCGUUCAGAAUGUUCUGGACCUCAGGCAGAACCUGGAGGACACUAUGUCCAGUCUGAGAGGGACCCAGCUCAGCCACAGCUGUCUGGAGAGCAGCGUGUGCUACGACAGCGACGACACCAAUGCCCGCAGUCUGUCCAGCCUGUCCAACCGCUCGUCCCCUCUCUCCUGGCGCCACGGUCAGUCCAGCCCGCGGCUGCAGGCCGGGGACGCUCCGUCCUCCACGGGCAGUGGAGGAGUGGUCAGCGGCGGGGGCAUCGGGCGUAGCCAGUACACAUCCCACACCAUGCCCACACGCUGCUCCAGCCGUCUGAGCCACUCCUCCCAGAUGGAGCUGAUGGAGGGCCUUGAUGCUGACCUCAAGUCGGGCUACCUGAGCGACAGCGACCUGCUCGGCAAGAGCCUCCACGAUGAAGAUGACGACGACAACCUGGCCAACGGCUGGGAUGAGAGCAGUUCUAUCAGCAGUGGUUUAAGUGAUGGCUCUGACAACCUGAGCUCAGAGGACCUGAACGCAAGCUCCUCCCUCAAUUCCCUCCCAACCACACCCACUGGCUCACGACGCAACUCGUCCGUCAUGUUGCGUACGGACGCUGAGAAGCGGUCACUGGUGGAGAGCGGCCUGGCCUGGUACAGCGAAGAGGGCAAAGUGGCACGCAAACUGGACGCAGGCGGAGCCUAUGACACUGGCAGCCUGAAGACGGAGCCGUCCAGCCGCUGGAAGAAGAGCCGGCCGCUAGAGGGCGCUGCUCACGACAAGGCUGGCAGGGAGGUGAAGAAGCCCCAGAGUCUGGGUCAGCCGGGGAACUUCAAGAAGGGACGCAACCCUCCCGUGGGGGUCACCUCGCCCAUCACACACACAUCACAGAGCGUGCUCAAGGUCGCAGCAGUUCCUAAGGGCGACUCCAAGCUCGGGGAUAAGGCUAAGAUGGCGGUGAAGGGCACCAGUCUGCAGCGCUCCUGUUCCGAUGCAGGACGAGACCGCGGCGAGCAUCGCAAGCCCCCCUCGGGUCUGGUCAAACCCUCGGCGGGGGGGUCCUUCGGCUACAAGAAGCCCCCGCCGGCCACCGGAACGGCCACCGUCCUGACGGCGGGGGGCGCCACCAUCUCCAGCGGCUCGGCCACCGUGGGCAAGACGCCCAAGUCCUCGGGCAUCCCCAUCAAGCCCGUGGUGUCCGGCAGCAGUCUAGGCGUGGGCGGGUUGGCGACGGGCACCGGCGGGCGCAAGAACAGCUUCGACGCGUCCAGCUGCCACGAGCAGGGCUUCAUGGCGCCCAACGCCCGCAGCAGCAUCCAGUACCGCAGCCUGCCGCGGCCCGCCAAGUCCAGCGCCCUAAGCCUGACCGGCCAGCGGUCCACCUCGCGGCCCGUCAGCGGCGCCCUCGACAGCAGCCUGAUGUCCCUCAAGCCCAUGCCCAGCUCCCCCAUGCCAUCGGUGGGCCGCGGCGGCACCAAGGGUCGCAGCAGCAGCACCAGCGGUGGCGGUAUCAGCGGCCCGGUCAACCAGACUGACCGAGAGAAGGAGAAGGAGCGGGCCAAGGCCAAAGCGGAUCUGCUGGAGAGCGCCUGUCUGAAGGCCGAGCUGCAGGUGGACAGCGCCGGAGAAGCACUCACCAAAGUCCAGGGCCUCAGGAGGGCUAGUGCCAGCAAGUACCCAGAGCUGGCCUCUCCCACCACUCAGAGGAUGGUGAGCAGUAAGUCUCUGGGCCGCCCCCCGAGCCUGGCUCACUUGGACAAGGUCAACUCCAACAGCCUGGACUCGUGCGUGUCCAUCCAGGACCUCCCGCCAAAGAUCCCUCCCUACUCCAAGCUGCAGGACCUGGCUGGCUCGUCCUCCCCUUCCUCCACGGGCCCUGGCCUGUCCCCCUCGGCGCGCCUGACCCCCAGCCCCGCGCCCCUCCUGCACAUCGACUCGCCGGGCUGCUUCUCGGGGACGUCCCUGAGCCUGGGCGGCUCUCCGCUGCUCUACCCGCGCAUGUCCGGCCUGCACCGCAGCAUGGAGGCGCUGCCGCUCCACAUGAGCCUGCCGCCCAGUGCCACCGAGCUCUUGCCGCGGCAACGCGACCGUGACGACGGCAAGGCCACCGGCACCUGGGGCGCCGGGAGCAGGACGUCCAUCACCCUCUCCGACAGUCUUCAAACAGACCGGAAUACUUUGCCGAAGAAAGGCUUGAGUCGUUAUGAUUCCACUCCUGGUGGCUCAGAGGGGAAAGAGAGGCGUCACUCCCAUAAUGCUGUGAGCCUGACCGAGUCCGACAGUCCUCCUCAGCUGCCCUCUCCCACACACAUCACACACACCUUCGCUGGCAAAACACCGCCUACCAACGUGGUGGCUCCCAUUUCCAGUGUGGGCGGAGUUCCGCGCAUCACACGUUCCAACAGCAUUCCGACCAAUGAGGCGGCUUACGACCUGUACGGCACCUCCCCGCUGGGCAGCUCCGUCUCGCUGGCCGACAGGCCCAAGAGCAUGCUCCGCUCCGGAUCGUUCCGCGAGCCCAGCGACGACGUGCAUGGCUCAGUCCUGUCAUUAGCGUCUAACGCAUCAUCCAACUACUCCUCGACGGAGGAGAGAAUGCAGGGAGAGCAAAUCCGCAAGUUGAGGCGGGAACUAGAGUGCUCUCAGGAGAAGGUGGCUAAUCUGACCAAUCAGCUCUCAGAGAACCUUGGCCAGGCAAAUUUGGUAGCUGCGUUCGAGCAGAGCCUGGCUCUCAUGACCUCCCGCCUGAACAGCCUCUCUGUCACCUCCGAGCAGAAGGACUCAGAGCUGUCGGAUCUAAAGGACACCAUUGAUGUUCUGAAGUGCAAGAACACUGAGGCCCAGACCAUCAUCCAUGGGGCUCUGAACACCCCAGAGACCGCACCCAAAGAGCUGAGGAUUAACAGACAGAACUCGUCAGAGAGCAUAUCCAGUCUGAACAGCAUCACCAGUCACUCCAGCGUGGGUAGCCUGAAGGAACAGGACCCCAAGAAGAAGAAGAAGAAGAGCUGGGUGUAUGAGCUGAGGAGCUCCUUCAACAAGGCCUUCAGCAAGAAGGGCUCCAAGCUGUCCGCCUCCUACGCCGACAUCGAGGAGAUCGCCACCCCAGAGUCGUCCGCCCCGUCCUCGCCCAAAGUGCACCACGAGCCGGAGAACCCCUCCACCCAGCUGAUGCCAUCAGCCGCCGCCUCAGGCCUGUGCAGAGAGCUGUGGUGUUUACCAGGGAGCGAUGCGGGCGACCUAACAUGGGGAGCAGGUGUGUGUGAAGGUGAGGAGGCUGGCGAGGGUGAUGAUGGCGAGGAGAAAGUGGUGUUGGAGCUGCGCUCUGAACUCUGGGAAAAGGAGCGCAAGCUGACAGACAUCCGUCUGGAGGCGCUAAGCUCUGCCCACCAGCUGGAACAGCUGCGGGAGGCCAUGACCAACAUGCAGGCAACGGUGGAGAACCUGAAGGCAGAGAAUGACCAGCUUAAGACUGGCACCUCCUCCAGACCCUCCAGCUCCACCUCCCAGUCGUCAGGGCUCAUGUCAUUGGGCACCUCGUCACCACGGCAAUCAAUCGCUGCAUCAUUGCCUAAGACACUCGGCAUGAGUAUGGGAGAGAGUGGAGGACCAGAUGUGCUGCCAUCCAACAUGUUGGGGCUCCUGACUCAGAAGGAGGAGGGUCAGGUGCGGCUGGUGGUGUGUGUCCCAGACCAGCAUGUCUUCAAAGAGGAGAUGAAACAGCAAAACUUUUACAUUGGGUCGGUCCAGAUCACCCAAAAUACCGACUGGACCUCUCUGGACACGGCUGUUGGCCAGGCCCUCAAGGAGUACCUGUCUCUGUUGGACCCCAGCUCCAGCCUGGGCCUGACUGGGGACUCCAUCCUCAGCUACAGCGUAGGACACUGCAAACGAGUGAUGGGGGCCGUGCCCCCCGAGACCCCCCCAUCCCGCUGCCUCACCAAGAGCUCCACCUGCGUCAGCAUGACCCUCAAAGGUCUGCGUGAGAAGUGUGUGGACUGCGUGGUGUUUGAGACGCUGGUCCCCAAGGCCAUGAUGCAGCACUACAUCAGCCUGCUGCUCAAGCACCGGCGCAUCGUACUGUCCGGCCCCAGCGGAACCGGAAAGUCCUACCUGGCCUCUCGCCUCACCGAGUACCUGGUGGAACGCAGCGGCCGUGAGCCCUCGGACGGCAUCUCUGUCACCUUCAAUAUGCACCGACAGUCCUGCAAGGAUCUGCAGCUGUACCUGUCCAACCUGGCCAAUCAGAUUGACCGGGAGACCAGCACAGCCGAGAUCCCAUUGGUGGUCAUCCUAGAUGACGUGCAUGACGCCGCCUCCAUCAGUGAGCUGGUCAACGGCGCUCUGACGUGCAAAUAUCACAAAUGCCCCUACAUCAUUGGAACAACCAACCAGCCGGUGAAGAUGACCCCGAACCAUGGACUUCAUCUCAGCUUUAGGAUGGUGACCUUCUCCAACAACGUGGAGCCGGCCAACGGCUUCCUGGUGCGCUACCUGCACAGGAAGCUGGUAGAGGCGGAGGAGCCGCGGAGUCUGGCCAGUGAGGAGCUCCUCCGGGUGCUGGACUGGGUGCCCAAGCUCUGGUACCACCUCCACGCCUUCCUGGAAAAGCACAGCACCUCCGACUUCCUCAUCGGCCCUUGCUUCUUCUUGUCCUGUCCUGUCACCGUUGAGGAGUUCCGUUCCUGGUUUAUUGACCUCUGGAACCAUUCCAUCAUCCCCUACCUUCAGGAGGGAGCCAAAGAUGGCAUCAAGGUGCAUGGGCAGAAGGCGGUGUGGGAGGACCCAGUGGAGUGGGUGAGAGGUACACUCCCCUGGCCGUCAGCUCAGCAGGACCAGGCCAAACUCUUCCACCUGCCGCCCCCUGCCAUGGGCCCCGGCAGCCCCGGGCAACCAGGGGACGAGCGCCCACACAAGGAGACCCCGCCCAGUGGCACCGAGUCCGACCCCCUGAUGGCCAUGCUGCUCAAGCUGCAGGAGGCGGCCAACUACAUCGAGUCUCCUGAGAAAGAGCUGGACCACAAGCUACCCACUCUCUGAGCUCCUCACAGUGGACUGAUAUGGCAGAUCUGACCUGGGCCAGACUUGGACCAGAUCUGAACCACACAUGGGUCAGAGAUCCGCCCAGCAAUCAGCUGUCGCUGGGGGAAGCUACUCUCCUCUCAAAGUCCCAGAAAGCACUAGGCUCUAGAUCUGGCUCUGAUCUGGCCCUCGUCUGGCACGGCUCUCCUGCUAUCAGAGCUAUGCGGGCCUGUAAAAUGAACUCUUUUAAAAGUCGUCAUUAUGUGUCAUUCAGUACUCCAGUAUUGUACUGUCCUAUCAAGACGUACGUAUGAAUCCCACUUGCCUACUUACUCUCAGACAAAUCGCUCAUGUGACCCAUCUUUCAAUUUCCCUUUCUUUUCAGCCAUGCCAAUUAUCAGUAUAUGUUUACAUUAAAACCAAACUGUAGAUAUGAUACUGUACUACCUAUUCUCACUGUCCGCCAUCGUCCAUGGGCAUCUUAUUUUGGUUUGCGUUGGAGUCUUAACACACCUGGUCAGUGAGAAACUUUCAUUGCCGUUUCACUGCAGCCCUCAUCAACUCAAGGAUACCGGUGCUACCUGCCUCAUCUCCACCAACCCGAUCUAGAGGCUCGCCCUGUUCAGGAAGGGAUGAAGCAAGCCUGUUCAUACCAAUAGCAUAAACCCAGCGCAGCAAUGCCUAUGAUACCAUAGUCGAUUUAAAGCCAGAGCAGUCCACACUAACAAACCCAUUUACUGCUUAUAUUAGAGGAAAAGAAGAACUGUUUUUUUUUUUAUUUUGAUUGAAUGUCCAGUUCCAGUCAAACAAAAGUCCAGCCCAGGCCAGUCCAGGCCUUUAACAUAUAUGCAGAUUUCUGAUGUUUCAGAUCCUACUCAAUCAGGUCAGCGUGUUUGAUCUGGUGCUCAAACUAACAAAAUGCCUUAAGACAUCCACUGUCUUGUGUAGUUCCACUGAGAGAGAAAGCACUGGAGCAGACGUAGAGUAGAUGGUAGAGUGUGCCUGUGUGUGUGUGUGUGUGUGUGUGUGUGUGUGGGACAGCGAGCGGCUGUUCCCUGAGAGGAUUGUGUGUUUGAAAAUUUGCACACUGCAGUGAGGAGUGAAUGUCAGAAGAAGGACAGUACCCAGUUUGACCUGCAGGCCCACAAGGGUCCUGCAGGGGGCAGUAAAGCUGCCUAUAUGCUCACUUCUCUGAAUUCCAAGCUCAUAUUCAGCAAAGAGGUAUAAUUGUCCAGUAAGUAAAUGUAUGGAAAUGUAUAAGAGCCAACUGAAGAGAAGGGAAAAAAUGUAAUCAAGACUAUCACCCUGUUUUUACUUAAAUGAGUUCGACCUUGGAAAGGAUUCUUUUUGAAUGUUAAUAAGAGUUUAGUGCAGUACAGAGAUAAGGCCGUAGUAGUGUGCUUUAUAUCACUAUAGACAUGGAGUUGAGCUACAGCUUAGGAUUCAGUGAUCUCUUAUGUCAGAUAAGUAGGAUAUCUCAGGCUGAAUUUACACACUCUCUCAUUAGUAGCAGCCAAACCACUCAAGUUAUAUGGUGCAAUUUUCUUCUAAUGGCAGACCAAAUACUCAUACAUACCACGCAUAUUGAUUGUAACACAACUGAGUAUAGGUACUGCAUAAGUAGACUGAUAGAUCCAUAAAAUGUGUGCACUGUAUAGGGCUGGUGGUAGACCAUUGUAGUUAAUUGGUGCUAUGAACUAACAUUCACUAGAUGCUCAUCAGAGAUAGUGUGAGGUAAUGGUUCUGCCCAUGAAAGCCAUCCAGUGGUCAUAAAUGUAUUGAUCCAUCACCCAAUGACAUGUGUAACAUGAAGUCAUCCACUCUUAAUAUCAUGUUUUGACCCUGCACACUCUUCAGUGAUAUGAGUUUUAAGUGCAUUUACACCCAAUAUAGCUCAGUCAAUACAAGGAGAUUGACGUCUUUCUUUUCUCAAACUCCUCAGUGAGCUUAUGGCAGUGUUGUACAGCUUGGACUGUGGGUGUCGGUACUAGUAUUUCUUGUCGUUGUACACUACAGUGAUCACACAACCUAAAAGGGAACCAUAAUCAGGUACCAUUGAUAUGUAAUGAAGCCUGAUUGAGUUCCCUAAAAUAUGCAGUUGCAUUGCAUGCAAUAGAUAGCACUGGGGUUUGCACACAGACUGCAGUGGACUAGUAACCUAUCCAUGGGUCAAAAGCCAAAAGUCAGAAUAUGAGCGUAUAGCACUUGGCUAAAGUGCAUGUAGAGUUGAACAUAGAGCUGGGCAGACCACAACCAAGUAGAUGGUUGAAAGACUCAUCAUUUAAAAUAUUCCUUCCUUUUCUAAACUAUUGUUGUUUUAUACCUCUACAUGACUACCACUGUUUAACUCGUCUGUGAUUGAAUGUCAGAAUUGGUUGCUUCAUUUCUAUAACAGCGGAAUGGAUGCCAUGUUUGUGAAUGGUUAAAAUAAUAACACAUAUAUCACACAAGCUAGUUAAAGACGUGACAAAGUAGUCCCAAGUCAUUUUUACUGAACAAGUCUUUUAUACUUUUGGUUGUUUCUUAGCUGCAACUAAGAGCUUUAUCUGAUUACUUUGAGACAGUCCGCUGUAAACGUCAAUGGCUUUUGCUAUAUUUCCCUUGUGGAAGUACCAGUUAGCACAGAGGCAAGUAAACAUGUAGUAAUGUUUCAGUAUUCCUAUGAUGAACAGAUAAGAGACACGUGUGCUCAGAUCUGGUGAUGAUGACCAGACGGAUGGAGGCCGAUUCCGGUGCUGUCCUGGCCCAGAUCUGGCUGACACACAGGCCAGUUUCGACUCCAUCUGUCCUGGAGACCCUCAGCCCCAUCUGACUCCCCUACACCAUCCCUAUCCUUUCUGCCCACCUCCAUCCUUUGUGAACGAAGUGUUGGUACCAAAAGCCAUCCUGUCCUGUCUCCAUCUCUCUCCAUCUCUCUCUCUCUGGGUGUCGUGCCUGUACUCUGUAAUGGAUGUGCUGUGUUGUGCUGGGACAUUUUCACUUUAGAAGACUAUACAGCAACUUCUACUGGCAAAGGAAAACACUAAAGAUCCCCUCUUCCCUCGCAGAUCAACUAAUUAACUGUGGUUUAUGAGGCAUGGGAAUGAUGUUUGUUCUAAAUCUGUUGUCUGUUUUCUUUUUUUACUUUUAUUUUCUUUUUUGUUGUUUUUCCCUCACUUGGAUAGUGCGAUGAACAGAGGUUUCUGCCAAAUGACUAAACAUUGUUUUAGUCAUGGUGGAGGUCUAUUUCUCUUCAGUGAGGUUCCUGGGGCCUAGCUGUAUGCUGAGGGAGAGUGGCUGGUUGGGUUCAAACCUAAUACCAAAAACGUCUGACACAAGGCUUUACUUCACUGAGUUGAAUGGGGAGGGACCUCCACUGGAAGAAGCUAAGAGUGAGCUGUGGAUUCAGCUGUCUGGUUCUCUGUGAGGAGGUUUUUUUUCUGUAUUCUCUCCCCUCUAUUGCCAGUGCUAAAAAAAAAAACGUUUUUUUCAGCUAUGUUGAAUGAUUUACUGAAAUGUAUCAGAGGGGUAUAGUUCUUAAACCCUGAGAAUCACUUAAAUGUUGUCCUCAAAGCAGACCACUACAGGUUGCUGGAUAGUCGCAUACAUCAUGUUAAGCUUCUUACUGAGUCAAUAUGGAGAAAAUAAAUUAAUAAAUAAAUAAAUAAAAUAAAGGUUCAGUGAUGGUAUAUCUGAUGUAACUUACAGUGUGCAAUGAUGGAUGUGCAGUAGACCUCUACAUGUUGUGAAUGCAUGUCGCUUUGGUGUUGGACUGACACUUAAAAUAGCUUUAGGAGAGGUUUUCAGAGGAAUGCAUCUGAUGAAAUUCAUAUUUUUCUUUUUACAGGUAUUCCUCUCCCUCUGUGAAAUCCUUUAUAAAAUUCCAUUACAAUUUUGUACAGGACAUCAUAUUAUUGUAAACAUUGUAAAUAGUUCUGCAUUUGCGACAACAAUCAUAAACAUGACAUCUACAAAAAUAUGUGUGGAAAGGUAGAAAACCUAAAAAAGUUCUUUGGCACACAAAAACAUGUAGGCAUGCCUGUACAUCUGUCCAACAUUUAUCCAACAUAUCCAUUUGUCUUAAUAAAGCCAUGUCAUUCUU